AUGGACCUUGGGUCAGAUCAUAUCAAGACUUCAGAAUAGGAUAGGUAAAUUAUAAUAUUAAAAAUUAGAAAGACAAAUUAAGGAUAACAUGAUAAUUGCAAUUAUCAAAAAUAAUAAAUACUUAAACCUGAUUAUGAAGCCAUGAAUUAUUAUGAUAAUGAGCACUUUGUAAUUUAUGGGGUCAUUUUCGUUUAACAAUUUUAUUUUUAUUUUAUGGACAUUAAAUUAUUUGCAGAAACAACAAAAUUUUCAAUUUGA